AUGUUCCUCAGUUCUUUCCGCUGCUUUCUUUCUCCAACCGCGAUAAGUCCCGACCAAGUUGGUCCCUUCCACUCAUGGAGGUGCCACUGUGCAGCAUUUCGACGGAUUUUCAGACACUCACUUGUUUAUUGGGAUAGGAUUGGUCACCAGUACAUAAAUACAGAUGGACGCCAUGCUGUUUCCUAUCCAUUCAAUACCAAAGAACUUCACCUGUACUAUCAUCGUCACGUUUCAGGCUCGCCUGUGGAAGAUAUAUCUGGUGAUCUGUCUGCAUUACUGCACUGCAACUUCGAAAGCCCCGAAUGGAAGUUUUGUCACUGGACUACUGACCCACGUGACACUGGAGUUUUGUGGAGUAUUUCGGAGGUCAAUAACAGUGGAGCUGCUUGUUUAUCUCCUGCGCCAUUCCCACGUCUCCGUUUUGGACCACAACUAUCCGGAUCUGUCACACUCACUGGACGUUUGUGGAGUCAGACAAUUUUUGCAGGCUUUCCUGCGUCAUCGGAAAUGCUUUCAGGUCAUGGAAUGGGAGCACCAAAAUGCAUCCAACUGAGCUAUUAUCUGCAAGCCACCAAAGACACACCAAUUGUGAUUGACAAAAGCGGCACCGGUCGGUCAGAAAUGCGCUUGUCUCUUUUGAAACAUUCGACUGGGUGA